GAAAUAAUCUACAACUACGACAACUUAUUUCAUGGCAAUCAGUAGGUUGUCAACAUGUACAAUGCUACGAGGAUUACUUUCAAUAGUUUCCAGAAGUAUGGGCCUUGAAAAUGUUACUGCUGUGAAUUCAAACUCAAUCAUUAAACGUAACAUUUGCAACACAACGCCAUUAUGGAAGAAAAAGAUGCCCGACCGUCCAGCGCCCAUUGAUGAAGCAGAUUUCACUGAAGUAUUUUUGCAUGGCAGUGGGCCGGGAGGUCAGAAGAUCAAUAAAACCUCUUCCGCAGUGCAGUUGAAACAUAUCCCAACAGGUAUGGUCCUCAAAGUUCAAGCCACCCGUUCUCGUACACAGAAUCGUAAAAUUGCACGACAAAUGCUAGCAGAAAGGCUUGAGUUGUUGGAGAAGGGGAAGGAGAGCAGGGUUGCGAUUGUAGGGGAGACCAAAAAGAAGAGGAAAAGCAGUGCUGUGAAGAAAAGUAAGAGAAAAUAUCGACUGCUGGCAGAAGAGAAAGCUAUGAAAGCAGGUGAGGACAAGGCCGAGGAGGAUGAGGUCGAGGAUGACGAGGUCGAGGAUGACGAGGUCGAGGAGGAGGGAUUUGAGAAGGCGGAUCUUGAUGGCGAAAAAAUCCUGGAAAAUGUGGAACUUCCAAUGCAAGAGUCACCGAGCAAAGGGAGUGGUCCUUGA